CCGCCAUGUGAGGGGAAGUUUUCGUGUAAUGAUGAGAAGCAUGUACGUGAACGUCAUAGAUUCUGGACUGAUCGUUUCCUGAGAGUGGAUAGGGUACGCAGAUAAAUUUGACAAAUGAAAAGUUUUACAGCUUGUAUACACAAAAGGAAAGUUCUGGCACAGAAGAUAUUUGAGCACUGAUAUCGUUACAGAGUUGUCACAAUUCUUGUAAAAUGUUGGUGAAGAGUAGAGAAAUCUCCCGUGUAAACAUGAGACUAACUAAUUUAUUACAGUAACUAGAAAUUUUGACAGAAAUAUGGAGGAACAUGCAUUGAAUUUCACGCUUUCAAGAAGUAACAGUUGCCCUGACAAAUUAGUGGGAGAUAUGUUCUGCUGGGGGAAUACAACACACGGUGAACUGGGAUUAGGAGGACUAGAGGAAGAGCAGAUCCUGAUACCAAGAGAACUCCGAUUUUCGAAAGCUACUUGUGUAAAACAAGUUGCUUGCGGUUACAAUCACACCUUACUGUUAACAUCAGAUGGACAACUAUAUUCAUGUGGAAACAAUGACCAUGGGCAACUUGGCCACAACAAGCCUUGCAAAAGACUUGAACAAGUGGAUGGUCUUGAAGCCUACAUUAUAACCCAAGCCUCUUGUGGCAUCAGUCACUCGUUAGCUGUCAAUGAAUGGGGUCAAGUUUUUGCAUGGGGUUCGGAUUCACAUGGACAGUUGGGUGUUGGCCUGGACUGUGUUUCACAGCCACUGCCAAAAAUGAUUAAAGCAUUAGCAACAUCACAUGUUGUACAGAUAACCUCUGGACACAAUCAUUGCCUAGCCUUGACAAACAAUGGUGAACUCUAUGCCUGGGGUUGUAAUGAAUACGGCCAGCUCGGUCUUGGAUCAAGUGUUUCCAAAGAAACAAGACCUUGUUUGGUAAGAUCAUUAAUGGGAAUUCCUAUUGCCAUUAUUGCAUGUGGUGGAAAUCACAGUUUUGCUGUUUCAAAGUCAGGGGCUGUGUAUGGGUGGGGAAAAAAUGUUUUUGGUCAACUUGGUUUAAAUGACGAUAUCAAUAAAUUGUAUCCAACGCAGCUGAAAACAUUGCGCUCUGCGAAAGUAAAGUAUAUAGCAUGUGGAGAGGAUUUCUCUGUCUUUUUAACAAAGGACGGAGGCGUUUUUACUUGUGGCUCUGGAACAUAUGGUCAGUUAGGUCAUGGUUCCACUUGUAAUGAAAUUCUACCACGGAAAGUAAUGGAAUUGAUGGGUAGUACAGUUACUCAAGUUACUUGUGGAAGGAGGCACACACUUGCACUUGUUCCAUCACGAGGAAGAGUUUAUGCUUUUGGUCUUGGUGGAGCUGGCCAGCUGGGUACAAAAGCUGUAUUAAAUGCUACAACUCCACAAGUUGUUUUAGGACCUUGGGUGUCACCUAGUGGAGUUUCAAUUAUUGAGCCACAUGAACAGAGUCAACACUCCCAGAAUUGUGUUGUGAAAAGGAUAUAUGCUGGUGGAGACCACUGUUUUGCUUUAGUAACUAGAAAGCAGGAUAAUAUUCCAUCAGAUGAUUGCCGCAUUCAUGAAGCCGAUUCUCAGAUUUUGUCUCUGACUGUGGAGAAAAUUGAAGAAUGCGGAAGAGUCUUACCAGAUGAGACAGUGGACCAGGACCUGAUGACGUAUGUUGAGACUGUGUUCAGCAGUCAGGCUUGCAUCAAUAGUUCUUUUCUCUUACAAGAUGAUGGUCACUACUGCUGUACUUCAAGGCACCAUGGUGUUGACUUGACAGUUGCUGAGAGAUUCUUCACUUUAUUAAGUAAAAUUGAAAAUCAGUCAAUAAAAAGACUAAUACUCAGCUCCAUUAGUGAACAUUUACUUCCAUCCUUGUCAAGCUCUCCACCUGAUGUUGAAACCUUAAGACUGUAUUUGGUGUUACCUUUUUACCAUGAAUUUGAUAAUCCAAAAAACUGUCAACGAUUACAUAGUCCAUUUGGGCAGGCACUGCUAAAAUUAAAAACAGAAGCAGGGAAAAUUGUUGGACUAUGGUGGCGAGGAAUACCCAUUGACUAUUUUGAGAGGCUCAUUCGCAUUUCCAAGGAUGUGGUACUAUAUAUACUACAGUUUGCUGAAGAUGUUAAAUCAAAGAAAGCCGAAUAUGAGGUAUCUGUACAUAUUGCCCUGGAAAUUCUUUCACAGCUCAACAAAUUAAAUCAGAGUACAAAUGAUCUGAAAGUACCUUAUGACACAUUUCAAAUGCCAGAACUUGCCGAAAUAGUAGAUGUAAGAUCGGAUUAUUUACACUGGCUGGUUGAGAAAGAUCAGACACAGGCUGGAAGACUCUAUUUUUGUAACUAUCCAUUUGUGUUCGAUGCUGCUGCCAAAACUCUUCUUCUGGAAACAGAUCAAUCGUUGCAGAUGCAGUCCGCAAUGAAUCAAGCAGCUACACAAGUUUUCACGACAAUGUUUUUCAAUCCUGCAUUGGCUACUAAUAUCAGCACAUUCCUGCAGUUACAUGUCAGCAGAGAACACUUAGUCCAAGAUACGCUUCGAGAACUAGCUAAAUACAGCUCAUCUGAUCUAAAGAAGCCAUUAAGGGUUAAGUUCUUAGGUGAGGAAGCAGAAGAUGCAGGAGGAGUGACUAAGGAAUUUUUUCUCUUGCUAAUGAGGGAGAUAUUGGAUCCAAAAUAUGGAAUGUUCCGGAAUUAUGAUGAAACACGAGCAAUAUGGUUCAGUGAAGAUUCAUUUGAGGAUCCAAUAAUGUAUUAUCUCAUUGGUCUCAUAUGUGGAUUGGCUAUAUAUAAUUUUAUCAUCAUUGCAUUACCUUUUCCAUUGGCACUUUAUAAAAAACUCUUGAAUGAACCUGUUUCUCUCCAGGAUCUUAAAGGAUUGUCACCAUCAAUGGCCAAGAGUCUGCAAGAUCUUCUGGAUUAUGAAGAGCCUGACAUUGAGGACGUCUUUUGCCUCACAUUUGAAAUCACAAGAGAAGUUUAUGGCGAAGUUAAAAAUUUGCCUUUGAAAGCAGAUGGGUCAAAUAUACCAGUUACUCAACAGAACAAGCGUGAAUAUGUUGACUUGUAUGUUGACUUCAUACUCAAUAAAAGUGUAGAGAAACAGUUUACUGCCUUUAAUGGAGGCUUCCAUAAAGUAUGUGGAGGCAGAAUAUUGAAACUUUUUCAUUCUCAUGAACUUAUGGCUGUGAUUAUUGGUAAUGAAAACUAUGAUUGGGAGGAAUUACAGAGAAAUGCACAGUACAAGAAUGGAUACACAGAAUCUGAUGAAACUAUAAAAUAUUUUUGGGAAGUUUUCCAUGAGCUCACUCCAGAACAAAAGAAAAAAUUCCUAUUAUAUUUGACGGGAAGUGAUCGUAUUCCAGUCCAAGGAAUGAAAGCUAUAAAGAUAUACAUCCAGCCAACAAAUGACGACAAAUACCUUCCUGUAGCACACACAUGCUUUAAUCUGCUUGAUUUGCCUCGAUACAAAACAAAGGAAAGACUUCGUUACAAACUGCUUCAGGCUAUUCAACAAACAGAGGGAUUCUCCAUAGUUUAAGGGGGCUCUUAGGUAGACGUAUUCUUAGCUGUUGCCAGAAUCAAAUGAGAUUUUUGAGCAAUUUGUUUAUUAUUUUAUACAAUGCUGCCUUUAAUGUUGAAAUAUUCAGAUAAUGCCUAUAAUUUUUUGUAUAUACAAUAUGAUCACAAAUACAUGUUGAAAUUUGAUAUAUUUUA